AUGUUGCCUUUCUUCCUCCCUCUUAACACUCUUUUUUUUUUCUUCAUUUAUUCCUUCAUUCCCACUUGCCUCCCUUUCUUCCUUCUUUUUUUCCUCCCUUCUUUCCUUCAUUCAUUCAUUCCAUCCUUCUUGAUUCUCUUCCUUCCUUCUCUCCUUCCUUCCUUCCUUCCCUCUUACCUCUCUUCCCUCUUUCCUCUGGUCCGUCCUUCCUUCCUUCCUUCCUUCCUUCCUUCCUUCCUUCCUUCCUUCCUUCCUGCCUCUCUUCCUUCCUCCUCUGAUUUCUAUCUUCGUUCCUUGGUUCCACCCUUCCAUCCUUCUUGCCUUUCUCUUUUUUUUCCUUCAUUCCUUAUUGCCUCUCUUCCUUCUUUCCUUACUUCUCUCUUGCCUUCCUCCCUUCCUUCCUUCUUCUUUCUUGCAUCUCUUUAUUACUUCAUUCUUUCUUCCUUCCUUCUUUCUUUCCUUCUCUCUAGCCUCUCUUUCUUCCUUCUUUCCUCCCUUCUCUGGAGCCUCUCUCUUUUCUUUUCUUCCCUCUUACUUCUAUUUCUUUCUUUCUUUCUUUCUUUCUUUCUUUCUUCUUGCUUCCCUUCCUUACUUUCCCUUUCCUUCGCUUCCUUCCUUCCUUUCUUCUCAUUAUCCUUUCCUUCUUGCCACUCUUCUUUCCUUCCCUCUUGUCUCUCUUCCUUCCUUCCUUCCAUUUUACAUAAAUAA